AACCCCGGUGCGGCAACCCGUACAACCAUCAGUCGUUGUGGAGUAGUCGGCGCGAUAGAGUGUCGAACGAGCGGACCCAUCAGUUCACCCACCUACCCACGAACAUCCCUUAUUCGGUGAAGUCCUGUCCUUUUUUAUUGCCGUGUGAAGAAUUGUGAAGCUUCUGUACCUUCUGUGCAAAAGUAGUGCGAUCGACGCAAGGAUGUACGGUGGUAGAAUGCUGUUGAUUGUGGUGUGCCUUGUCACCGGUAGUGUUAGUGCGACGCAGAAGCUCCAGGAGCGAUACAGCUGGCAGCAGCUCGACUUUGUCUUCCCCAAUCAACGCCUCAAGCAACAGGCACUGGCCCGCGGGGAUUACGUCCCGACGAACGGUCUGCCGGUCGGUAUCGAGCGUUGGGAGAACAAACUGUUCGUCUCGGUACCAAGAUGGAAGGACGGUAUCCCCUCGACGCUCAACUACAUCGACAUGAACCAGACACCGUCCGGUUCGCCGGCCCUCAUCCCCUACCCGGACUGGUCCUCGAACGUUGCCGGUGACUGCGCUAACGGACUGUCCACCGUGUACCGUAUCAAGGCGGACAAGUGCGGACGGCUGUGGGCCCUCGACACCGGUACCGUCGGCAUCGGCAACACGACCCAGCAGCUCUGCCCGUACGCCCUGAACAUCUGGGACCUGAAGACGAACCGUCGGCUGCGCCGGUAUGAGCUGCGAGCCGAUGAUACCAACGCCAACACCUUCAUCGCGAACAUUGCCAUCGAUAUGGGGCGCAGCUGUGACGAUACGUACGCGUACAUGUCGGACGAGCUCGGGUACGGUUUGAUCGUGUACUCGUUCGAGCAGAACAAAUCGUGGCGCUUUGCCCACAGCUUCUUCUUCCCGGAUCCACUCCGUGGCGACUUUAACGUUGCCGGGCUGAACUUCCAGUGGGGCGAGGAAGGUAUCUUCGGUAUGUCGCUGACUCCGCUGCAGGCUGACGGGUUCCGUACGCUCUACUUCUCGCCGCUGGCCAGUCAUCGCGAAUUUACCGUCUCGACCCGUAUCCUGCGCGACGAAUCGAAGGUGGAGGAAAGCUUCCACGACUUUCAGUACCUGAAGGAGCGUGGCCCGAACAGCCACACGACGUCGCGCGUCAUGAGCGAAACGGGACUGCAGCUGUUCAAUCUGAUCGAUCAGAAUGCGGUCGGUUGCUGGCAUUCGUCGCUGCCGUACAGCCCGGAAUAUCACGGAAUCGUCGAUCGGGAUGAUGUGGAGCUGGUGUUCCCGGCGGAUGUGAAGAUCGACGAGGAGGAACAGGUGUGGGUUAUCUCGGACCGUAUGCCAGUGUUCUUGAUUGCCGAUCUGGACUACAGUGAUGUGAACUUCCGCAUCUUCUCCGCUCCACUGUCUACGCUGGUCGCCGGUACGGUGUGCGAUGUUCAGUCACAGUUCGGUGCUAUUCAGCCCAAGUUUGGUGGAGAUGCCGGUAGUUCCGAUCUGGCGACUACGUACAACACCGACACGACUCUGCUGCCGACGACGUACUCGCAGCCCCUGUCCGGUUCGUACACCCCGGCGCUGAGCUACGCGCCGACCGCUGCUCCGCAGGUCCACAAGUUCACCCAGGGCUAUGAUGCGCCGACCUCGCACAUGUACUCGACCCAAUCCUACCCGACGACGGCCAAGGCGUACGCGUACAACAAGUACCACGGCGUUGAGUUCCACGCGCACGGUGCACCACACCACGGACACGGAUAUCACCAUGGGCCGCACAGUCACGACGGUUCGGCGACGGGCGAGCAGGAGGGAGGCUACAAUGGACAUCGUGGCGGAUACUGGAACGGUGCCCACAAGAAGCAGGACUCGUGGAAACAGUUCUUCUACUAGAGAAUAGCGCACUACCAAGAGCGGAACUAAGCGGCUCUCUCUCACACACACACACAUAUAUUUGUGCACAGUGUGCUCACAGAACAAGUACAGUACAGUAGUACCCUCUUUGAACUAUGCUUAAGCUACACUAAACCCUCUCGGCAAUACUACGAGAAGAGAGCGCGAAAGGGAGUAGAAAAUGAAAUAAAAAACAAGUAUAUCACAUACACACAGAAACACACCCCCAUACACAAAUGAUUAAAAUUAGGAUCCUAUUUGUCACCUUCUUCCGUUGGACGAGAGCAGCUCGAAUGGGAGAAAGAGGGAGAGAGCGAUAAAUUAUGAGGUGCGUAAUACGGCAUUGCGUACGAGAUUGUUGUACAGACACGUCUGAUGCUGUAAUAAACGGUAACAAAUUA